GAAUACCUUCAGUCUAUCAUUUAAGUUUGUGAAAAACUUCAUAUUUGGGCAACGGAGCUUUGGAAUUUUAUCGUUACCCUCCUUAGGUAACGUAAUGUUUUUCUCUAGGUAGAAAUAAAAAUGGAUUAUGCUCUAUUGAUCGAAGUAAUAAGAAAAUCACAGUUUUUUCUACAAUUAUCUAUUAUCAUCAAUGCACUCAGAAGAUAUUUUAUAAUUUAUAUCUCAGAUAUAAAUUAGUAUGUUCUAAUGGAAAUAAACAUGAAUUUUACUUAUAUAUAGGAGUCAUUAAAUUUCCCGAUAGGCAUAUAAAGGCAUUUCUUCGGCAUAAAAUAACACAAUGGCUUUUCGAAAAGGAAAACGGAACUUGAAAUUGCAAGUCUCUGAUGAAGCUAUUGCUCCUGUGACACCUCCAAGAAAUUUAGAUAAAAGAACUACGAUAACUAUAGGCGAGAAAACAUUUGUAGUAGAGGCAGAUGAUUUAGAGACAUUGUGUAUACUUGGACGCGGGGCUUACGGCGUUGUUGAUAAAAUGCGACAUAAACAAAGUGGGACCAUUAUGGCAGUUAAGAGGAUAACUGCCACGGUCAACACACAAGAACAGAAACGUUUACUUAUGGAUUUGGAUAUUUCUAUGCGUAGUUCGGCGUGUCUAUAUACUGUACAAUUCUAUGGAGCAUUGUUUAGAGAAGGUGAUGUCUGGAUAUGUAUGGAGGUGAUGGACAUGAGUCUUGAUAAAUUUUACACAAAAGUCUACAAGCAUGGACAUGCAAUUCCAGAAGAUAUCUUAGGAAAAGUGGCAUUUGCUGUAGUCAGUGCAUUGCAUUAUCUCUAUUCGAAACUAAGAGUUAUACAUAGAGAUGUCAAGCCCAGUAAUAUUCUAAUUAAUCGCGAAGGAGAAGUUAAAAUUUGUGAUUUUGGAAUUUCUGGUUACCUUGUUGACUCUGUUGCUAAAACUAUAGACGCUGGAUGUAAACCAUACAUGGCUCCAGAAAGGAUAGAUCCAUCAGGAAACCCUUCUCAGUAUGACAUCAGGUCUGAUGUCUGGUCUUUAGGAAUUUCUCUUGUCGAAUUAGCUACAGGAAAAUUUCCUUAUGAAUCAUGGGGUACACCAUUUGAACAAUUGAAGCAAGUUGUUAAAGACGAAGCACCAAAAUUACCUCCUGGCAAGUUUUCAUCUAGUUUUGAGGAAUUUAUUAACAAAUGUUUGAUGAAGGACUAUACUGCUCGUCCAAAUUACAGCCAACUUUUGGAACUCAGUUUUAUUAAAGAACAUGCGAAAAAAGAUACCGAUGUUGCUGAGUUCGUUGGACAAAUUUUAGAUUUACCUGAACUCGAGCAACUUGCAUAGUACAUAUAAGAAUUACUCAUAUAGAGUUUAUAUUGUAACUCUAAUGUAUAUUUGUACUUCACAAUGAAGUCAUAUAAUUUUAUUUUUGCGCGUCUUAUCAUACAUAUAAAAUUAUUCUCGUAUUCAAUUUGAUCUUAAAGUAAAGAGGUACAAAAGUACAACAAUUUUUAAUUAUUGUAUCAUUCUCUAUAUUCUCAUUAUACAUUUUUCGAUCCGUAUUAAAUUAAAAAAUGAUGGAUCGAGACAUGUAAAUAUUUACAAAUAUUUUCUACACAAUCUAAUAAUAUAAAUUAUCUUCUUUAUAUCAUAUUUCUGCAUAAUUAGCAGUAAACUACGUGAAAUCUUCUGAACUAUUUGGAUUUAUUGUACCUUUAUGACGUUCAUGCAGCCUAAAUAAUUGAUAGUACUUUGAUUAUAAUAAAGUUGCUUGAAAGAAGGAAAUUAAAAAGAAAACUCCUAGUAAAUUCAUCUUUAUAAAUCUUUAAUAAAUUAUGUGUAUCAUUCUCAGCAUUAUGCAUAUCACUUCUCAAUUAUUUAAAACCAAUAAACUUAAUUAAUAAGCCCUUGUGGAAAUGAUACAAUCAAAUAUAUUUUUCUUUCAUA